AAGCAGAGGGUGUGUCUGAGGAGGAGGAUUAUGAGGCAAGUAACCGACCGAACGGGGAAGAGGAAGGAAAAGAAGAUGAAAUGAUAAUAUCAGAAGACAGAGAGGAGCAAACGGAAAGAGAGGUAGAAGAGGACGGAGAGCAUAAAGAAGAAGAAGAAGAAGAAGAAGAAGGAGAAGAAUGGGUAACAGAAGACAGAGAGGAGCAAAUGGAAAGAGAGGUAGAAGAGGACGGAGAGCAUAAAGAAGAAGAAGAAGAAGAAGGAGAAGAAUGGGUAACAGAAGACAGAGAGGAGCAAAUGGAAAGAGAGGUAGAAGACGAAGGCGUGCAUAAAGAAGGAGAAGAAAAUGAGGAAGAAGAUGAAGGAGAAGAAUGGGUAACAGAAGAAAGAGAGGAGCAAAUGGAAAGAGAGGGGGGAGAAGAAGAAGAAGAAGAAGAAGAAGAAGAAGAAGAAGGAGAAAGGGUAAUAGCAGGCGAGCGAGAGGAGCAGGCUGAAGAAGAUACAGAUUUGUUUUUUCUCUCAAAACACGACAAAAUCAUAUGGUCCUCCGUAGCGUACGAUAAACAAGAGCGGGGUAGAAAAGACAGGAGCGGUGAGGCUACGCCAUCGCCGUUACCGCCGUCGACCGGCCCACCCGGACCGACUGAAUAUUCUCUCGUCCACGCCCGCGACAUCGCCUCCGCUUUUUUCAUGUUCGUCACCCCGUCGAUAGAACGCAUCAUCUUGGAGAUGACUAAUUUGGAGGGAAGACGGAAAAUCGGAGACGGCUGGAAACGCAUGGAUGCCGUCGACCUUCGCGCCUACAUGGGGCUGCUGCUUUUAGCCGGCGUCUACAGGUCCCGAGGCGAGGCGACUGCCAGUCUGUGGGACGCUGAGAGCGGACGGUCCAUCUUCCGCGCCACGAUGCCGCUGAAAGUGUUUCACGCCUACUCUAGACUGCUGAGAUUCGACGACCACGAGUCGAGACCCGCCAGACGCGCGACCGACAAACUGGCGGCCGUAAGAGAGGUCUGGGACGCGUGGUCCGAGCGGCUGCCGUCCCUCUACAACCCCGGGCCGGAGAUAACGGUGGACGAACAGCUGGUUCCGUUUAGAGGGCGUUGUCCCUUUCGGCAGUAUAUUCCCAGCAAGCCAGCGAAAUACGGGAUCAAGACGUGGGUGGCGUGCGACUCUAAAUCCAGUUACGCUUGGAAGAUGCAAGUGUACACGGGGAAGGCCGCGGGUCGCGGGUCGCGGCCCGGAAAAGAACCUGGGCAUGCGAGUCGUGCUCGAUGUCACCGAGGGACUGAGGGAUCGCAACGUCACCUGCGACAAUUUCUUCACCUCUUACGAACUCGGGCAGCAGCUGCUGAAAAGGAACAUGACCAUGGUGGGCACCGUUCGAAAAAACAAGCCGGAGCUCCCCCCGGCCCUUCUCUCGCCGAAGGGAAGAGCGGUGUUCUCAUCGAAAUUCGCCUUCACGUCGACCACCGCCGCGGUCUCUUACGUGCCCAAGAAAAACAAAAACGUGCUGCUGGUUAGCACGAAGCACACGGAGGCCGAAGUCAGCGACCGCCGCGACAGAAAGCCGGUCAUCAUACUGGACUACAACCGCUGCAAAGGAGGUGUCGAUAACCUCGACAAGGUGAUCGGAACCUACAGCUGCAGAAGGAUGACGGCUCGCUGGCCCCUGGUCGUGUUCCACAACAUCCUCGACGUUUCCUCCUACAAUGCCUUUGUGAUAUGGAGAGAACUAAACCCCGAAUGGAUGCCUCAGAAGCUGAACAAGAGAAGGGUGUUCCUAGAGCGGCUGGGAAAGGCGCUGGUGACUCCGUUGAUAGAAAGAAGGGAGCUUCUCCCUCGCACGGAAGCGUCAGCGGCAGUCGUCCGAGUCAUUCGUAGCGCCGCGUCUAGAUCUAGAACUCGCGGUGAGGGCGAGGGCGAGGACGCCGCCGGAGCGGCGUCGGGAGCGGACGGCCCGACCAGGGCGAGGAAGAGGAAGAGGUGUCAGUUUUGCCCGCGGGCGAAGGACAACAAAACUUCUACUGUGUGCAGCGGGUGUAAGAAAUAUAUCUGCAAAAGUUGUUCGCUCCCGUACUGCGCUGAGUGUGCCGCUGAGAAUUUGGAGAUGGGUUGA